UCGCGGUUUCUUCCGGUCCGGAAGAGCUGUGUCAGGGUGCAGGGAUAGGGAAAGAUGGCGACCGCUGCUGUGAUCGAGUUCCAGAGAGCGCAAGAAAUGGUGGUGACGGACAAGGCGGCGAGCAUAGAUAUCCUGCAGUCUAUAGUGAAGCGAGACAUCCAGGAAAGCGAUGAAGAAGCCUUGCGUGUUAAGGAGCAAAGCAUUUUGGAGUUGGGAGGGCUUCUUGCCAAGACUGGACAGGCCGCAGAACUCGGUGGUCUCUUGAAAUAUGUACGCCCAUUUCUUAAUUCUAUCAGCAAGGCAAAAGCAGCCAGGCUUGUGCGAUCCCUUUUGGACUUGUUCCUAGACAUGGAAGCAGCAACUGGCCAGGAGGUGGAGCUGUGCUUAGAAUGUAUUGAAUGGGCCAAGGCGGAGAAGCGGACCUUCCUGCGCCAGGCACUAGAGGCUCGGCUUGUAUCCCUUUACUUUGAUACUAAACGUUACCAGGAGGCAUUGCAGUUAGGUUCACAACUGCUCCGUGAACUAAAAAAGAUGGAUGACAAAGCUCUUUUGGUGGAAGUUCAGCUACUGGAGAGCAAGACCUACCAUGCCCUUAGCAACUUACCCAAAGCCCGAGCUGCACUGACAUCUGCCCGUACCACGGCCAACGCCAUUUAUUGCCCGCCAAAGUUGCAAGCUGCCCUGGACAUGCAGUCAGGCAUAAUCCACGCAGCAGAGGAGAAGGACUGGAAAACGGCUUACUCCUAUUUCUAUGAGGCCUUUGAGGGGUAUGAUUCCAUAGACAGCCCAAGAGCUAUGACAGCCUUGAAGUACAUGCUGCUGUGUAAGAUCAUGUUGAAUACGCCUGAAGAUGUGCAAACCCUAGUGAGCGGGAAGCUAGCACUGCGUUAUGCUGGGCGGCAGACAGAAGCACUGAAGAGUGUGGCACAAGCCAGCAAGAACCGUUCACUCGCCAACUUUGAGAAGGCAUUGACAGAUUAUAAAGCAGAGUUAAGGGAGGAUCCUAUAAUCGCUACACAUCUGGCCAAAUUGUAUGAUAAUUUACUGGAACAGAACCUCAUCCGGGUGAUUGAACCUUUCUCCAGAGUACAGAUUGAUCACAUAUCAGGACUUAUCAAACUGUCAAAGCCUGAAGUAGAACGCAAACUCUCUCAGAUGAUCUUAGACAAGAAAUUUCACGGCAUUCUUGACCAAGGAGAAGGUGUCCUAAUAAUUUUUGACGAGCCACCAGUAGAUAAAACAUAUGAGGCUGCUUUAGAGACCAUCCAGAACAUGAGCAAAGUGGUGGAUUCUCUCUACAACAAGGCCAAGAAACUCACAUAGGCCCUGGACUCAUCAGCCAUUGAAAAUUCUGAGCAGCAGGAGCAACAGACACCUCUUCUCAUGCGGGAUGGUGGAUCGGGGCAGAGGGGCACUGCGGGGAAUUCUUUUAUUUUUUAUCAUCCCUCCUAAUACAUUUUGUUUUCACUCUAAAAAAAAAAAAAAAAAAAUCCUCCGCACCAUUUUAUCAGUGGCUGCAACAUUAAGUACUGGGGCCCUUACCUGUUUCUGGGGCUAUAUAUUUCUACUGAGUGAGCAAACCCACAUUGUGGGAUGGGUUGUAGUAAUUAACACUUGCUUGUUUUAUAGGGAUUUUUUUGUGUACUUACCUAAAGCGGAGAAAUGGGGAUGGUGGGGUUCCUAUGAACUGGCCUGUGUUCCCAGGCAAAUACGAUACCAGUGUUCCCAAAUUCUUAAUUUUUGUCUCACGGUUUCAAAACACAGCCAACUCCAAUUGAAUUCUCAUCUGGGUAUGGAAGGAGUGCAAGGGCCAAGGAUCUGCUUCAUGGAACCCCUACUUUUAAAAAAUAAAUUGGGAUGGCUGCUUACAGGGAUAUAUGUCUGUAUAUAGCUAUAUAUAAAUAUAUAUUUCUGCCCCCGCCAACCUCCUAUCUAAAUUAUGCCCCUUUCCUGCCGAUGCCCAGUUAAUAUUUGGGUCUUGCUAUCCCAUGAAGGGUGCACAAUUUCCACCAAGCUGAAACCAGAGUAUAUCUGAUGUUCAGAUGUGUUCCAAUAAAGGUAUUUUUUUUUUUUUU